UCUACUUUGAGAAUUCCUCCAGCAACCCAUACCUAAUCAGGAGGAUAGAAGAGCUCAACAAGACUGCAACUGGCAACGUGGAAGCAAAAGUAGUGUGCUUUUACAGACGACGGGAUAUUUCCAACACGCUUAUAAUGCUUGCAGACAAGCAUGCUAAAGAAAUUGAGGAAGAAUCUGAAACAACAGUUGAGGUUGACUUGACUGAUAAACAGAAGCAUCAGUUGAAACAUAGGGAACUCUUUUUGUCAAGACAGUACGAAUCUCUGCCUGCAACACAUAUCAGGGGAAAAUGCAGUGUUGCCCUUCUGAAUGAGACAGAAUCGGUAUUGUCAUAUCUUGAUAAAGAGGAUUCUUUUUUCUAUUCUUUGGUGUAUGACCCCUCAGUGAAAACACUGUUAGCCGACAAAGGUGAAAUCAGAGUGGGACCUAGAUAUCAAGCAGACAUUCCAGAAAUGCUCUUAGAAGGAGAAUCUGAUGAGAGAGAGCAGUCGAAGUUGGAAGUUAAAGUUUGGGAUCCCAAUAGCCCACUCACGGAUCGUCAGAUUGACCAGUUUCUAGUUGUAGCACGGGCUGUUGGGACGUUUGCCCGAGCCCUCGAUUGCAGCAGCUCCGUGAGGCAGCCUAGUUUGCAUAUGAGCGCAGCUGCAGCUUCUCGAGACAUCACUCUGUUUCAUGCUAUGGAUACCUUGUACAGACACAGUUAUGAUUUAAGCAGUGCUAUCAGUGUCUUAGUACCCCUUGGAGGACCUGUCUUAUGCAGAGAUGAAAUGGAAGAAUGGUCAGCCUCUGAAGCUAGUUUAUUUGAAGAGGCACUGGAAAAGUAUGGCAAAGACUUCAACGAUAUACGUCAAGACUUUCUCCCUUGGAAAUCUUUGACUAGCAUCAUUGAAUAUUACUACAUGUGGAAAACUACUGACAGAUAUGUACAGCAGAAACGUCUAAAAGCAGCAGAAGCCGAGAGUAAGCUGAAACAAGUGUAUAUCCCAACUUACAGCAAACCAAAUCCCAACCAAAUAUCCACAAGCAAUGGUAAGCCUGGCACUGUGAACGGAGCUGUGGGGACCACAUUCCAGCCACAGAAUCCUCUUUUGGGGCGAGCCUGUGAGAGCUGCUAUGCUACACAGUCUCAUCAGUGGUAUUCUUGGGGACCCCCCAACAUGCAGUGUAGAUUAUGUGCAACCUGUUGGCUUUAUUGGAAAAAAUACGGAGGCCUGAAAAUGCCCACCCAGUCAGAAGAAGAGAAGUUGUCUCCCAGCCCAACUACAGAGGACUCCCGUGUUAGAAGUCACAUGUCCCGCCAGGCCAUGCAGGGAAUGCCGGUCCGAAACACCGGGAGCCCAAAAUCUGCUGUGAAGACCCGCCAAGCUUUCUUCCUUCACACUACAUAUUUCACAAAAUUUGCUCGUCAGGUCUGCAAAAAUACCCUCCGGCUGCGGCAGGCAGCAAGACGGCCGUUUGUUCCUAUUAAUUAUGCUGCCAUUAGGGCAGAAUAUGCAGACAGACAUGCCGAACUGUCUGGAAGUCCUCUGAAAAGCAAAAGCACUAGGAAACCUUUGGCAUGUAUCAUUGGGUAUUUAGAGAUUCAUCCUUCCAAGAAACCUAAUAUAAUUCGAUCUGCACCAAGCCUGCAAACCCCAGCUACCAAGCGGAUGCUAACUACCCCGAAUCACACGUCUCUGAGCAUUUUGGGGAAAAGAAACUACAGUCAUCACAACGGCCUGGAUGGUAUGUAAGCCCAGGAAUUCCGGGGCUGUUCCGAAGAGCCAGAACGUCUUUGCCCUUGCUGGCACCAGAGUGUUCUCUGCCAGGUUCCAGAAUAUAUAACAAAUGGGUUCUCUAAUCCCAUGUGGAACUAAGUGUGUGCUACGUGGAGUGGGAGAGAAGGCUGCCAGUGCUACAGUGAAGCUCUUUUGCCAAGUGUUAUUUCUUCCUCUCGUUGGGGGACCUUUUUGCUCACACUCCUGUUGGGAGGGUUGUUUGGAGAUGAAGCCUGCAUUUUGCAGGUUGCCUCUGCUGGGUAAUAAUGUUCUUGCUGCGAUGCCUUCUCGCUGCUCUUUUAUGUUUUUAUGAGCAGAAGGGAUUAUGCUUAUGUCUGAGAGAGCAGUGCUCUCUAGGGGUGUUUCAGUGUUCAGUGGAUCAUUUUGAAUCUGGCAUUUGUCCCCUACUUCUUUUACCUUACGAUCUUUUUAAUUACCCAAGAGUGUAACAAUUCAUGAAAGGAAUGGCCUGAGUGAUGUCCUAACAGAAAUAAUAAUUUAUUUGGAAUGGGAAACUGAGAAAUGUCACCUCUUAUCCAAAGUACUUCUCCUGGGCUUGGCCACAUAAUGCCUCUUCAGGUAAAAUUGAAUUAUCUUCCCAUUUGGACUGUAAGCACAAACAUAAUCAAGUAUCCUCACUAUUUCUGUUAACACUCAUAUAUAUCUAUCUGUCUGCACCCACACACACAUAUAUAUUCCCAUAGUCCUGGAGUUUGAAGUUUUCUUGAUUGUUUAAAUGUUGG